UGGAAAUCGUCUGCUCCAUCCAGCAUCAUUGAACAGAGCAAAGAACACAGAAAGCAGAAAGAUAUUGGAGAGAAUCUGCGCAUUAAGCGAAGAAGCUCAUUUCAGCUGAGACUACGCUAAAGGCCAAUAAUUCACUGGCAAAUCGUUAGAAUUGGUUUUUUUUCUCGUUCUGUGAGCAGAGGCGCGAAAGAUGAAGCUCUUGUGGGUGGUAAUGUUAGUAGUCGGUGCCGUAAUCGCCGAGGAGGAGGACAAGAAGGACAGUGUGGGGACUGUAAUCGGAAUUGAUUUGGGGACCACCUACUCUUGUGUUGGAGUUUUCAAGAAUGGCCGUGUGGAGAUCAUUGCUAACGACCAGGGUAACCGCAUCACUCCCUCCUAUGUGGCCUUCACAAGCGAGGGAGAGCGUCUGAUUGGUGAUGCUGCCAAGAACCAGCUGACCUCCAACCCAGAGAACACGGUCUUUGAUGCCAAGAGACUGAUCGGCCGUUCUUGGGGUGACUCUUCUGUUCAGCAGGACAUCAAGUAUUUUCCUUUCAAGGUUAUUGAGAAGAAGAGCAAGCCCCAUAUUCAGAUUGACAUUGGUGGUGGUCAAAUGAAGACUUUUGCCCCUGAGGAGAUCUCUGCUAUGGUUUUGACUAAGAUGAAGGAGACUGCUGAGGCCUAUUUGGGCAAAAAGGUCACUCAUGCCGUCGUCACUGUCCCUGCAUACUUCAAUGAUGCUCAGCGCCAGGCCACCAAGGAUGCAGGAACCAUUGCUGGUUUGAACGUGAUGAGGAUCAUCAAUGAGCCAACUGCUGCUGCGAUCGCUUAUGGUCUGGACAAGAAGGACGGCGAGAAGAACAUCCUUGUGUUUGACCUGGGUGGCGGCACCUUCGACGUCUCCCUCUUGACUAUUGACAACGGUGUCUUUGAGGUGGUGGCCACCAAUGGUGACACUCACCUGGGAGGUGAAGACUUUGACCAGCGUGUCAUGGAGCACUUCAUCAAGCUGUACAAGAAGAAGACCGGCAAAGAUGUGCGCAAAGACAACAGGGCUGUGCAGAAGCUGCGUCGUGAAGUCGAGAAGGCAAAGAGGGCUCUGUCUGCUCAACAUCAAGCCCGCAUUGAGAUCGAGUCCUUCUUUGAGGGAGAAGACUUCUCUGAGACCCUCACCCGUGCCAAGUUUGAGGAGCUGAACAUGGAUCUGUUCCGUUCUACCAUGAAGCCUGUGCAGAAAGUGCUGGAGGAUUCUGACCUGAAGAAGUCUGAAAUUGACGAAAUUGUGCUCGUUGGAGGAUCCACCCGUAUCCCUAAAAUCCAGCAGCUCGUCAAGGAGUUCUUUAAUGGAAAAGAGCCCUCCAGAGGCAUCAACCCUGACGAAGCUGUUGCAUAUGGAGCUGCUGUGCAAGCUGGAGUACUCUCUGGAGAAGAAGACACAGGUGACGUGGUUCUCCUGGAUGUGUGCCCCCUGACUCUUGGAAUCGAGACCGUUGGAGGAGUAAUGACCAAACUGAUCCCCAGAAACACUGUGGUGCCCACCAAGAAAUCUCAGAUCUUUUCUACUGCCUCUGAUAACCAGCCUACUGUCACCAUUAAAGUCUAUGAAGGCGAACGUCCUCUGACCAAAGACAACCAUCUGCUGGGCACUUUUGACCUGACCGGCAUCCCCCCCGCACCCCGUGGUGUUCCACAGAUUGAAGUCACCUUUGAGAUCGACGUGAACGGUAUUCUGCGCGUCACCGCUGAAGACAAAGGCACUGGGAACAAGAACAAGAUCACAAUCACAAACGACCAGAACCGUCUGACACCUGAAGACAUUGAGCGAAUGGUGAACGAUGCUGAGCGCUUCGCUGACGAAGACAAGAGGCUGAAGGAGAGGAUCGACGCCCGCAAUGAAUUGGAGAGCUACGCCUAUUCUCUGAAGAACCAGAUUGGGGACAAGGAGAAGCUUGGUGGCAAACUCUCAGAUGACGACAAGGAGACCAUUGAGAAGGCAGUGGAGGAGAAGAUUGAGUGGAUGGAGUCUCAUCAAGAUGCUGAGACAGAAGAUUUCCAGGCCAAGAAGAAAGAGCUAGAAGAGGUGGUUCAGCCAAUUAUCACCAAGCUUUAUGGAAGUGCAGGCGGUCCACCACCAGAGGGUGCUGAGAGCGAGGCAGAGAAGGAUGAAUUAUAGGGAGGUUUGGCCUCAUUUGUUAUCCUCUUGCCACCAUUGCAGUGGCUUCUGCUUAUGAAAAUAAGACUGAUGGGACUCGAUAGUGAGAGGAGUGGCAGGGAAGGAAUGGCGAUAACAAGCAACUGUAUGGAACCCUCUGAAAGACUUUAAAAAAAUCAGUGUGUGAAGCAUUUUCUUCGUUUUGAAGGCGGAGAUUUGUCAGCCUGAAUAUGAGGCUUUUGUCGCUGCUGUUCUCAGGCAGUACUGUUGUUUUUGUGAUUGGGGUAUACAGGGGUGGGAUGGGGUGGGGGACAUAGUAGGGGGUGGAUUUGGUAAGGUGUCUGGAAUUAACUGCUCUGUUCAGACACGGCAAGAAGUUAUUUAUUGACCUCUGAAAAUACAUUGAAAUAAAUGUUUGAUACAAAC